UUGGCUACAGCGGCAGCAGCUUCGGGUCGGUGCUGUACGCUGAAUGCAUGGUUUCCACCGAUAACAGCCCGACUUGUAGCCGCAAAUCGGUUAACACUGGUCGUCCGAAGGUUUUUUAGGCUGCAUGUUUCAGAGUUAAUCUAUAAAGAAGCACAAACAUGGGCGUGGAAGUUGAGACAAUAUCUCCCGGUGAUGGAAGAACAUUUCCAAAGAAGGGCCAGACAUGUGUUGUCCAUUACAUAGGUAUGCUGCAGAAUGGGAAGAAGUUUGACUCCUCACGAGACAGGAACAAGCCCUUCAAGUUCAAGAUAGGACGGAAUGAGGUCAUUAAGGGCUGGGAGGAAGGAGUAGCACAGAUGAGCCUGGGCCAGAGGGCUAAAAUCACUUGCACACCGGACAUGGCUUAUGGAGCUACAGGUCACCCUGGGGUCAUCCCCCCAAACGCCACACUUAUAUUUGAUGUGGAACUGCUCAAGCUGGAGUGAUGCGUGGUAUGAAAAUAAGAAGGCCAAAGGUUAAUGAGUUUGCAUUCGCUACAGCCUGUUUCCACAGGGCGCUGUCUCGCACCAUCCACUCACUCCUCUAUGAUUUCUACAGUCUUCUUUCGUUCAAUACUAAAGAUGUUUACUGCUGCUUUGUUGCCAUCGUGUCAUAAAUGCACACUGAAAGAAAGACUUUAACACACACCAUGUUUGGUUCGUUUGUUUGAGGUGCUUUUUUUGUUCAAUGCCGUAUGAAGUUGUAAAUUUUGUUGAACCAAGAUAAAAUCAGUCAUCUGAUGAAAUGCUGUACUACACUGCAAUCAAAACAUGCCUUACAGUUUUAACAACAGAGUACAUGUGUUCAAAGUAAAUUACUUAUGCUCUGUGUAUUGACUGGGCAUUAUGUACCACUGUCUGCAUUGCCACUUUGGUUAAGGUUCGUCCUGCUAAAUGCUCUGAAUGGUGUUGCUAUGUUUAGUAUAUUUUAUAUCCCUCAUAAACGAUGACUGCAAGUGUACAAUAUCCAAUCUAACCCAAUUCAAUACUGUACAGAACACUGUAAGAGCCAUUGCUACUGCUGUGACAGUUUAUUGACCAACCCUUGAAUAAAAAUGGCAUGUACUGUG